GCGCGGUCACGUUGGUACUUCCGCAUUGUUGCUCCUCCCAGUUCAAAUAUGGCAGCCAUGGGACAGGAACGAGCGACGAUAUCAAUUUAGUAGUUUUGUUAUGGUACAGCAUCGCUGUGGGAAUCUGUCUCGUGUAUCAUCUAUUCACGGCAAUGUUAUUAUUCAUCGGUGCUAAUGUGUCGAGCGACAGAUGAUUCUAAAAUAUUAAGAAAUGUCAUGUUUUCCAUUGGGCUAAGCUAGCAACCAACGGUUAGCAAAUAAAUGUACUGGUCUCCUCUGACUCACCAGAAGACAUAAUUUGCACCGCUCUCAGCUUUGUAUCAGCUCAAUGUCAUCAUGGCCAUCACUCAGUUCCGUCUGUUCAAGAUCUGCACGUGUUUAGCCAGCGUACUAUCCUUCUUUAAAAGGCUGAUCUGCAGGAGUGGAAGGGGCCGCAAGCUCAGUGGUGAUCAAAUAACUCUCCCAACAACAGUGGAUUUUUCGUCAUCUUUACCAAAACAGCCUGAGAUUGAAGAGUGGAGCUCAUGGGAUGAAGAGGCCCCAACAAGUAUUAAAAUUGAAGGCGGUAAUGGAAAUGUCUCCCCUUCACCCAACGAUGCCGAAGUAGAGCCCGACUACUUCAAAGACAUGGCUCCCACCAUCAGGAAAACACAAAAGAUCUUGCUGAAGAAAAGGGAGCCCUUGAACUAUUUGGUGCCCGACGGCUCGUCAGGAUUCUCCAGCAGGCUAGCAGCCUCUCAGGAUAUGAUGACCUUUAGUCCGCCUUCAGCUGAGCUAGGAGAGAUGGAAACCUGGCAGGAGGACUCAAACGCCUGGGAGGACGAGUCAGAGGCUGCAUGGGAGGCAGAAGAAGUGCUCAGGCAACAGAAGAUGGCCGAGAGGGAGAAGAGGUACAUGGAGCAACAGAGGAAAAAGGUGGAGAAAGAGGCUCAAAGGAUGCUGAAGAAGGAGCAGAAGAUUGCCGUCAAGCUCUCAUAACAUUUUAGAACUGCUGGGUCCGAUUGGUUGGGGUGGGGGCAAAAAUACUUGAGUCUAUCAUUACUCUGUCUUUACAGUCAUCAAAUCAGCCAGGAUUAUCGUCAUUCACUCUUUAUCUCUUUGCCAACUGUCCAUGUCCUCCUCCCAUGUCCACCAGCUGCCAUUUUGCCCAAUUUCCCAUCUGAAUUUACUGUAAAAUGUAUCAGUCUAGAGAGCAGAUUAUUCCCACGGUAUCCUCAUACACGGCCACGUUUCUUUAGGGGGAGUUGUUAAAAUCACCUAAGAGUACGAGUUGAACACAUCUUUUUAAGGCAUCAUUUAGAUCCUGGCUGAAUCUGAUAAGUGAUGUUAUAAAGUAUCCCUUUUCUCUCCCCAGGAACAUUUGUAAAUAAAGAGGUGCCUGUGCUACCUUUUAAAACUGUAAUGGGUAUGGUUGCUUUUCCUCUGUUUGUUAAUGGCCUCAGAUGAGAAAGAAGGGUAAUUUAUUUUAUACAUCACUGUACAGCAGGGACAUUCUUAGCUUUGGUGAUUUAUUUUGUUUUUAUAUUUAUGUCAUUCACAAUCUUAAAAGCGUUAGCUUUUUCUUAAUGAUAAUUGCUUAACACGUCACUCGUCUCUCUUUUAUGUGGCCCUCACUACACUGGAAAUCUGCAUUAAAAGAAGACUGGAGAUUCUUUUUGUAAACGUGGUAACAUUAUUAAUCACAGACUUUAAUGCAGCCCAACUAUGAAUGCUAGCUGUGGGUUCCUAUGGUAACCUAAUGGCUGCUGGUCUGACAUUAAUUAUCAUCUUCUAGCAUCUUUUGAUAUCGAAGGAAAUAAUUGACCGAUUGGUAAAUUCAGUGUUUUCGGGUUCCUGUUAGAUGCUUAAUACACAAAGGGUGCAGAAACUGUUUUUAUAAAUCCCCAACGCAGCAGAACCUCAGACCAAUUAUUUUAUCCAACACUUGCUUCUGAAAUUACAUGCUUACAAUUGAAGUUUCUGGUUUUGUCUCUAGUUAUUACACAUGGCUGACACUGAUAACAGCCCUGGUGUUUUCAUUGAAAUAUUUCUGGUGAAGAAUUCGACUUACGUAUUGGUUAAAAAUGUUUGGAACUGAGGUGUAGGAGGCAAUCUUAACCCUCAAAAUGCUCCAAAGCUGCAAGUAGUGAGAUGUCUCUGGCUGGAUUCCUCAGAGCUUCUGGUUCAGUUAAAGCUGAUGUAAUGCGGAUUAAUGCAUGGUUAAAAGGAUGAACUGGAGAUGCUCAUCAAUUUAUUUUGAGGGGAAUUCAGUCAAAUCUUUGUGUGUUUUUUAAAAGGUCACAUGUUACAUUCUGGGCAAAAAAGGCUUUAAUUUUCUUCGGAAGACAAUUCCACCAAGCAAUGUUUGUUUUUUUUCUUACAUUUUUCCCUGUUUGACAUGUUAAAAAUGCGAGUGUUUGAACAUAAACAUGGACGUAAAAAAGACAAGCUCAAAUUGGACAGAAUAUGUCUGCUGUAUUAGCCCCCAAACAGUUUUUAAUAAAAGUCAUGGAUUCAUAACUUCAAAGUUGAA